UCACAGAAGAGGCUUAAAAGAAGCCAGCAAGAACAGACAAGAAAAAAAGAAAGAAAGAAAAGGAAGAUGCGAGCACAAAUAGAAGUUAUCCCCUGUAAAAUAUGUGGGGAUAAGUCUUCAGGAAUUCACUAUGGUGUCAUCACCUGCGAAGGAUGUAAGGGAUUCUUCCGCAGAAGCCAACAGAAUAACGCCACCUACUCUUGCUCACGCCAAAGGAAUUGUCUUAUUGACCGAACCAACCGCAACCGAUGUCAACACUGCCGCUUACAGAAAUGCCUGGCCUUGGGAAUGUCCCGUGACGCGGUGAAGUUUGGCCGCAUGUCUAAGAAGCAACGGGACAGUCUUUAUGCCGAGGUGCAAAAACACCAACAGAGCCAAGAGCAGACCAGUGAAGCCAAGGACGAACCAGAGACCUUGUCGCGGGUCUAUACCACCAGUGUGAGCAGCGGCCUCUCCGAUUUGGAUGAUAUCUCCAUGCUCUCUGAUGGCUUCCUUUUCGACUUCCCUUUGACCCCUGAUGGGAACAGCAAUUACUACAACCUUGACCUCUUGACUUCAGCCCAACUGUCGCCCGACCAAUCCAGCAUUGACAUCAGCGAUGCCAAGUUCAUCAAGCAGGAAUCCAUUUACGAGCUGAUGCUGGACCCUGGCCUCUAUACCCACAGUCCCCUCGAGGGUGGCCAGUUGGCCUCGGACAUUUCAGUGAUGGAGAUUGAACGACUAGCACAGAAUGUGAUUAAAUCACACCUGGAAACAUCCCAAUAUACCAAUGAAGAGCUGAAGAGGCUAGCCUGGACGCUUUACUCACAAGAAGACAUCAGGAGUAUGCAGAACAAGAGCUGCGAGGCCUUGUGGCAGGAAUGCGCUCUGCAGAUCUCCAACGCCAUCCAGUAUGUCGUGGAGUUCGCCAAACACAUUGAGGGCUUCAUGGAGCUCUGUCAAAACGACCAGAUCAUCCUUCUCAAAGCAGGUUGCUUGGAAGUUCUCCUCAUCCGAAUGAUUCGGGCCUUCAAUCCGUUGAACAACACAGUACUCUUUGAUGGAAAGUAUGGCGGAAUGCAGAUGUUCAAAUCUCUUGGCUGUGAUGACCUCAUCAGCGCCAUCUUUGAACUGGGAAGGAAUCUUUGCCGGCUGCAGCUGUCCGAUGAGGAGGUAGCUCUCUUCACGGCGGCAGUCCUGCUCUCACCAGAUCGCCCCUGGCUUUCGGAAUCCAAAAAGGUUCAGAAACUCCAGGAUAAAAUUUACUUGGCUCUGCAACAUGAAAUUCAGAAGAAAAACUCCAGUGAAGACAGACUGUCCAAGAUGGUCUCGAAGCUGCCCUUAAUGAAGAUGAUAUGCAACCUGCACUUGGAUAAGCUGGGAUUUUUCCGCCUUGUUCAUCCAGAGACGGCCACAAAUUUCCCGCCCCUUUACAAAGAGGUCUUCAGCUCUGAACUCCACUUUGGUGACCCCCAGGAGAGCUAAGGGUGUUCAGAGGCCCAACUGAGCUUUGUCUUGGAACCCUGGGAACGGACCAGAAUUCUGGAGGAUGGUUUGGGAGAAGAGGGGGGAGACCCCCCCCCAGAUGCUUAUUUGAAACUAAAUGACUGACUUUGCAAGGCCUUGCAGGGCUGGAUUGCCUUUCUGUGGUCUGCAGUAGCUAAUGAAUGUAUU